AUGUCUCAAGUUCAAGUGCAAGUUCAGAACCCAUCUGCUGCUCUCUCAGGGAGCCAAAUACUGAACAAGAACCAGUCUCUUCUCUCACAGCCUUUGAUGAGUAUUCCUUCUACUACUAGCUCUCUGCCCUCUGAAAAUGCAGGUAGACCUAUUCAAAACUCUGCUUUACCCUCUGCAUCUAUUACACCCAUCAUUGCAGCUGCAGUUCCUUCUAGCAUGGCACACCCCAAAGAGAAAACCCCAAUGUGUCUUGUGAAUGAGUUAGCCCGUUUCAACAAGAUUCAGCCUGAGUAUAAGCUUUUGCGUGAGCAAGGUCCAGCUCACUGUAAGGUGUUUACAGUACAGCUAACACUUGGAGAUCAGCGCUGGGAAGCUGAAGGAACUAGUAUUAAAAAAGCCCAACACACAGCUGCUGCCAAAGCUUUGGAAGGAACAAAAUUUCCUAAACCCAUAGUCCGCCCUUUUCAUAGCGAAGGAAGGAAUCCAGACAGCAUAACCCCUACUGUAAAGCUAAAUGCACUGUGCAUGAAACUUGGAAAAAAACCAAUGUAUAAGCCUGUUGACCCAUAUUCUCGGAUGCAAUCCACCUAUAACUACAACAUGAGAGGAGGUGCUUAUCCCCCCAGGUACUUUUACCCAUUUCCAGUACCACCCUUACUUUAUCAAGUCGAACUCUCUGUGGGAGGACAGCAAUUUAAUGGGAAAGGAAAGACAAGACAAGCUGCAAAACACGAUGCUGCUGCCAAAGCUUUGAGAAUCCUACAGAAUGAGCCCCCGCCCGAGAGGCUGGAGGUGAAUGGAAGAGAAUCAGAGGAAGAAAAUCUCAAUAAAUCUGAAAUAAGUCAAGUGUUUGAGAUUGCACUUAAACGGAACUUACCUGUGAAUUUUGAGGUCGCCCGGGAGACUGGCCCACCCCACAUGAAGAGCUUUGUGACCAAGGUGUCCGUUGGGGAGUUUGUGAGGGAAGGCGAAGGAAAGAGCAAGAAGAUUUCAAAGAAAAACGCUGCUAUAGCUAUUCUUGAGGAGUUGAAGAAGUUACCACCCCUGCCUGUAGUUGAACAACGGGUGAAGCCCCGAAUCAAAAAGAAAACAAAGCCCAUAGUCAGGGUACAAAGUGGCCCAGAACAUGGCCAGGUGAUGAACCCUAUUAGCAGACUGGCCCAGAUCCAGCAGGCGAAAAAGGAGAAGGAGCCGGAGUACAUGCUUCUCACAGAGCGAGGCCUCCCGCGCCGCAGGGAGUUUGUGAUGCAGGUGAAGGUUGGAAACCACACGGCAGAGGGAACAGGCACCAAUAAGAAGGUGGCAAAACGCAACGCAGCUGAGAACAUGCUGGAGAUUCUUGGUUUCAAAGUCCCACAGGCUCAGCCCACCAAACCAGCCCUCAAAUCAGAAGAGAAGACACCCAUAAAGAAGCCAGGGGAUGGAAGAAAAGUAACCUUUUUUGAGCCUGUCUCUGGGGAUGAAAAUGGAACUAGCAAUAAAGAGGACGAAUUUAGGAUGCCUUAUCUUAGUCAUCAGCAGCUGCCUGCUGGAAUUCUUCCUAUGGUGCCCGAGGUUGCCCAGGCCGUAGGAGUCAGUCAAGGACAUCACACCAAAGAUUUUACCCGGGCAGCUCCGAAUCCUGCCAAGGCCACAGUAACUGCCAUGAUAGCCCGUGAAUUGUUGUAUGGGGGCACCUCGCCCACAGCUGACACCAUUUUAAAGAAUAACAUUUCUUCAGGCCACGUACCCCAUGGACCUCUCACAAGACCCUCUGAGCAGUUGGAUUAUCUUUCCAGAGUCCAGGGAUUCCAGGUUGAAUACAAAGACUUCCCCAAAAACAACAAGAACGAGUUUGUAUCUCUUAUCAAUUGCUCCUCUCAGCCACCUCUGAUCAGCCACGGUAUCGGAAAGGAUUUGGAGUCCUGCCAUGACAUGGCUGCACUGAAUAUCUUAAAGUUGCUGUCUGAGUUGGACCAACAAAGUACAGAAAUGCCAAGAACAGGAAAUGGACCAAUGUCUGUGUGUGGGAGGUGCUGA